AUGUACUCGAUUUCGUUCAACGAGUAUGGUGAAGUUUGGAGAAAAUCCCCGACUCCGGUGAACGAGCUGUUUGCGUUUGGGACGAUCGCCGACUACAAAGCGAACGAGCAGCUGAUUGGACCGCUGGACGAAGACCAAUUGCUGAAGUUGCGCCAACUGACGCUGAUGUCGGUGGCCAAGCGGGGACUGCUGACGUUUGGCCAGGUGGCCAAGCUCUUGGACCUGAAAUCCGAUGACGUGGUUCGAACUCUGGCUGUGCUGGCUCGCAGUCCGCUUCUGCAGCUGGAAAUCGACGAACUGGGCCAGACGGUCAGGUUCAUAACUGCCAGCUCUAGAGACAUAUGGGUGCAGGGAGACCCUCCGCCUUCCUUUACGGCUCCGGUCACAAUAGAGCUGCUUCAAAAGGAGCUAAGCUACGGCAACGACGCAAGCACCCCCAAGCUCAAACGCCGCUUAGAAAGUUGA